AUGACGGACAUUCAGGCAAGGGUUUUGAAUGCUUUAAAAGCGAAUAAACAAACUGCAGGUCAAGGAGUUGUUGUGAAAGCUUGUCAAAAUGCUGUUUCACUCUUGGUUUCAAGGGGAAAACUUCGUCCUCCAACUCUGUUAUCCGUUUAUUUACCCUUCAAAUUUGUUUCAUCUGAUAAUGAUGAUAACAGAACAGCUUUACCUCCAUCCGUUAUUAUUCCAUUAGAUUUUGCUCAAAAUAUAAUACCUGUUGUUUCUGUUUUAGAAGAAAUUAGUUUUCAGCACGAAACUUCGAUUGGAUUUAUCGCAGAGCCGAAUUUAGUCUAUAUGCUUCCGUUUUUCAAACAUUGUUUGUCAACUACAGUGAAGGCUUUAAAAAGUCUGUGA